UCGCAAUGACGGGAGUAUCAAUGCCACCUACGGACUACGAGUCCUUUGGUCUGAUAAAGUUUUAUAUCUGUGUGUGAAUCUCUUGACAUUAACGACGAAAACAUGGUGUCGCUCCGCUUCCCUUUCUCGUUUUCUCAGCCUUCGGGACACCCCCCAAGGUACCGCAACUCUCGCCCAUGCUCUGUCGCUAAAGUUGCUGUGGUUGCCGUUGCCGCCGCUGCCGGAGCCACCGCUGCAUAUGCCUCCUCACAGAACCCAAUCUCACAACACCCCUUUCUUCAUAACGCUUUGAAUUUCCUUUUCUCUUCUGCAAAUUCGCUGCCUUUGUGGGGUUCUCUGAGUUUGGCUGAUAGUUCGCAGCCCGUUACGGAGCCGAGGACUGGAGCGUCUUUUCCAUCAGCUCUUGGCGAUUCGCAGAAACUUUGCGGGGUGGGGAUACGUAAGAAAAGCAUUUUGGGAUUGAAGAACAUUGAUGUCUAUGCAUUCGGUGUUUAUGCUGAUGAUAAUGACAUUAAGAAAUUGCUUGCUGAGAAAUACGGGAAAUUUUCUGGCUCUGAAUUGAAGGGAAAAAAGGACUUUAUUGAAGAUCUUAUGGAAAAUGAUAUAUGCGUGACAGUUAGACUCCAAAUAGUCUACGGUAAAUUGAGCAUCCGCUCUGUACGUAGUGCAUUUGAAGAGUCAGUAGGAAGCAGACUGCAAAAAUUUGGGGGAUCAGAUAAUAAAGAAUUGCUUCAAAGGUUCACUUCUCAAUUUAAAGAUGAAUACAAAAUACCACGAGGAUCAGUAAUUCAUCUCUCAAGAGAUCGGGAUCAUGUUCUUCGAACAUCAAUUGAGGGAGAGGAAGUGGGAAGCAUCCAAAGUAAACUACUCUGUCGGUCAAUUCUAGAUUUAUAUAUCGGGGAGGAACCAUUCGAUAAAAAGGCCAAAGAAGAUGUUGAGCUCAAACUGGCCUCUUACCUCCAGAAAUAGACUGUUAGUAUCAAGAAUCUACCACGUGAUGUAGAAUCAGUGGUGUGCACUGAGCAAUCUAGGAAUGGUUUUCUAUUGCAUAAUAGCUUAAUGUUCUAAGAUGCUGUAGCAGACAUGUAAUAUUAUGGUAUUUAUUUUCAUUUUGCACAGGUGCAGAAUAUAUGGUGGAUGAACGUCAUGUGGUGUGACCCACUGAUUACUCUUUGUAAUUUAUGCUGUAUUUCCCUUCAUGUUUAUUGUUCUAGAGCCUAUGCUAUUACCUCGACAUACUCCUUUUGCUUUUAUGCAUGAUAUAAAACGCAUUGAUGCUAUAUAAGAAGCUUUUGGUGUUUUUGAGAACUAGUUUUAUUACUUUAUUAUCCUUAUUCAUAUGUUUGAACAAUAAAAGAGCUGCUUAGUA